GCAGCCGUACUCUGCCGUCCCGCGAGUUCUUUGGCCCCUCAGUCUUGUCCCAUAUUCUUGUCUCUACCCAUCGCGACUCGACCGAAGCUCUCAAGUCUUCUUAACUGCAACGACGCAAAAGUACAUAGCAUACCCAAUAUAACUCGAAUUGCUGUACCGUGCUGUCUUCUGACCAUCGCUUCUCGCCUCGAACGAAUACCAGAUCUCUCCCUUUGCCUUGCUGUUUCGGCACUUCGUCCUCCCCGCCAAAGACCACGACAUCGGCUCAGACUUGGUUUUGGGUGUAUAUAUCAUACUUUGAGUACGCUUUACAAAGUUCUGUCGGCACUGUUCGCUCUCCGUCGAGAAGAAGCGAAAGUCUUACUAUUUUCUCGUCUUGUCCGCAUCGCUCGACUAGCACCUCCCAUCACGAACGAGAAAAUGGUUACUUGUCGGCCUAAUAUGCAGGUCCACGACGAUCUCGCUGCUCUCUUCUCCCGUAACCUGACCUUCCGUCCUGAGCUUCAGAGCCAGGCCCUGGUAGGAACACAGGUACAGGCACCAGAACAACCCAGCACUGCCGUUGAGGAGAAUCCGAUGAUAGACAGUCUCAGGGAAUCCCCUACGCAGGCCACCUCCACACUCCCCAACUCGAACCCGGAACCCAAGCCCAUCACCUACUCCAUUUCCCAACACUACACGCAUUCCGCCCACCUCCAUCGGCCGGCAGUAUCCCAGGUUCGACAGGAAGAGCAGUCGGCUGCGACUCAGGACGUCCACCAGCAACAACGGCGUUCGUCCGAGCCGCCCCAGACCGAGCAGCUUACCGCCGAAUUCGUCCUCUCCCAGAACGGCGUCGAUCCCACCGUCCUGUCCCGCUCCCAGCACCAGCUCUUCCGCAUAUCUGAUCCCGAUCAACAGGCUCGGCUCGUCGAGCUGUGGCGCGUAGCACCACCCACUAGCUCCCAAGAUAACCCCUCCUUGGCCUGGACUACCACCACCUACGAGCAAGAGGAGCGCUGGGCGAAGCUCCGCUAUGACCGUUCCCUCGAGGCAGAGAGAGCGAGGCAGAAUGGCAACUUCGCCAUGAGCCUCGACGGCACUCCCGUACAAAUCGAAGACGGCCGCUGGCUAGCCUCCUCGAACAACGUCGAGCCCUACAUGAUGUCGGGCUACGAGGAGCUGAUGCGCCGCGAACAGGAGCGCGAGCAACGCCGGCAACGCCAACAGGCCGAGGGUCGUAGCCCGAAGAACGUCUACUCCCACUUUGGUACCGCCGUCGGCAGUAACAACAGUCAAGCCUAUUCCCGCGCCACCGAUCCCGUCUACAGGGGCUCUGCCGGCGACUGGCCCGUACAGCAGCAGCAGCAGCAGCAGCAGAUGCAGCAGCAGAUGCAGAUGCAGAUGUACACAGAUCAUCCGUACGGUCAGUACGACGUGUUCCAGCAGCAGCAGUUUGGGGGGCCCGCUGGCAACAUGGAAGCCAUGGAAAUCAUGUAGGAGAGACGGGUCCGAGGGGAAUUUGCAGGGAUGAACAGCACCUCCACCCGGUACGGACGGACAUCUGUAGCUGGCAAGCUGGCUGCCUCCUUUCAUUUCUUCACUUUUACCUGGAGUGGAGGCAUGAAACGCAAUGGCAAUUGACACACGGGCAAAGCUGCAGAAGGGGAAAAGGAGCAGAGUGGUAUACUUAUCAAACCCCGAAACCCCGGCGCUACGCUGUGACAGUGAUGGGGGGGGUUCAGGGGUUCAGGGCGAGCGCAGAAGCAUCGUUCCACAGAUGGCGGUACUCAUCCGUCUCUUGAUACCACCGAUCAAGCUCUUCCUAUCGCCCCCCCCAAGCAUUCUCGCAUAGUGCUCAUGUGCUCUCGUUGUACACUCACGAAGUAAUCUCAAAGUAGUCUCACAUCAUAUCUACGCCGCCGGUGAGCCGAGGGGAAAACGAGCAAAUCUGGU